UAAAUACAGCCAGUAAAAACUAACACAUGCAAAGAGUGCGGCACUACAGUUUGAAAAUGGCUGCUUUGGGAGAAGAGCUGCCUAACUUGAAGAUUUGUAUAGACAACACUGACACUAUCAGUGACGAUGGGAAUAUAGAAAUCGAUGCUGACGUGGACACAGUAGAGAACCUUGAAGAAGGGGAGUUAGAGAAUGAUAAAGAAGAUGUAGAAGUCAACGUUUCACUUGGAAACGUUGGUACUCAAGCUUUCGGGGAGCCGAGGAAGUAUGAGAAUAAGGCAGGCCCUUUUGUAACAGGAAUGGACAUAACAUCACCGGAGUUUCAGCAGAAGAAAGUGGAAAGAGCAAAGAGGUUUGGAAUUUCAGACACCCCUGCCCUUGAAAAGCUUGACCUUCAGGCAUUGUAUAAAAGUUUAGGCUUAACUGAAGAAUCCUUAACCAAAGGAGAACGAGGGAUCAGACCAGAUGCAGUUCACUUGAGAGGAGUAAAUGAGCUCAAUACACAAGACAUUUUCAAGUAUUUUCAACAGUAUGGACCAGGGUUCAUAGAAUGGAUCGAUGAUGCUUCCUGCAAUGUGGUAUGGCAGGAUCCAGUAACAGCAGCAAGAGCUAUGGCCCAUCUCAGCAUUUGUUAUGAAGACUUUCAAAAGUUGUAUGAAAUUCAAAACCCUAACAAAGAAGGGAAAAUGCACAAGGUUGAAUCAAAAUUUGCUGAAAAAGAAAAAGAAGCACAGAAGAUAAUUGAUGAAGAUGAAGAUGAUAAUCUUGAUCUUGAAAGUAGUGAUGAAGAGAAUGACAAGGACAAAGAAGAAAAGAUGGAAGUUGAGACAGCAAAUGAAUCCACUCAAGAUGAACAAGAAACCAAAGAAAAUGAAGCACCGCUAGGAGAAAAUGAAUCAGAGAAAGAAGACAGCAGUAAAUAUGAAGAUGCAUUAAACAAAAUGACUCCUGGAGAAAGGAAACGCCUUUUAGACAAAUACCCACACUUCAAAAGCAUUCGUCUUCCACCAGGAAAAUGGAGGAUAGGAGAAUUGUGUCCCAAAGCCAAGUGUUUGUAUUUGAGAUAUGCAACUAAAGCUGACAAAAAGCUCCCAGGGGCUGAGAGAAAGAGCAAGUACUAUGUGAAGUAUGGCAAUCCAAAUUAUGGUGGAGCAAGAGGUCUUCUCAGUAAUUCCAGGAAACGCAAACUGCGAACAGAACAAAGAAGGGAGGAAAUCAAUGAAGUAAGGCAAUCUCUACAAACAUUGUCAAAAGGUGAUAAACCACAGGAGAGCAUGGAGGAUGAAGCACUAUUUGACAUGUUGUUUGGUGAUGGUGAUGAUAUAAGAAAAAUAGAGAGACCACACAUGGAUAGAAAAGAUUUAGGAUUAAAAAACAAAAGAGACAUAUGGGCAGGUGGUGGAGAUGCUAGAGGCCAGGAUGUUAUCUCCUAUACUCAUAGAAAAACAAUGGGUGAGGAAGGAGAUGGGGAUGGACAAGUCAUAGAGGAAGAGGAAAAUGUCAGUGAUGAAGAACUUGAGAGAUUACUUGCACCACCAAAGAAACGAAGCAUGAGAAUGUAUGCAGACGACUUGGAAGAACAAAUGUCAGCUAAAGAGAAGACUAGGUUGUCAUCAAAUAUCACAGAUGCACGGGACAGAAUAAAGGCGAGAAAAUCAGGGAUUCAAAAUACUGAUAAAAUAACAGACAGAAUUGGGCUCAGAGACAGAAUUGGUAUCACGGAUAGAAUUGGCACUGCAGUUGGAGGAAGUGAUCUGAGAAAUAAACUAAAGAAUAGACGACAAGAUAAACAUUUUAUAGAUUCUGAGCCUUCAUUGACCAUAGAGGUUUCUCAGGAGGAUUAUUUUGAGGAUUAUGAAGAUGAUGAUUUUUGAUUUUAUUUCAUAUCUUGCCCCAAUUUUUAAAGUAAUGACAAAUACACAUAGCCAUUCCUAUACCUGGUAGUGGUAGAUCGUGUUACACAUCAUUUUACUUAAUGUAUAAGUAAGUGGAACAUUGUUUAAGGGUAAAUUGCUUUUAAAUUUAGUUGUAAAAGUAGUUUUUAAAAUGGAUAUUUUAAUGUGUCACAGUAUAUUCCAAUUAGUUAUGUCAUGGAUGUCCUUUGGGGCUCAUGUGACUUCACAAGUAAUGAAUCGGAUUCAAAUUGCUUAAAAUUUGUUUUGACAUUGACACUUAAAUCGGGAAAUACUUUUAUGGAAUUUUUUAAAAUAUAAUUUUUCAUGCAAUUUGUGGAAGAAUGAGUGUUAUGAAAUGUGGGAUCACAAAGAAACAAAUAUAACAUCUG